AUGUUUGCUAGCAGCAGUUAUAAAAAUAUUGACAACGGAGAUUACGAAGUGACAGAAGAGGACGAAUUAGCGGCUAUCGAUUACGAGCUAAGGCAAAUAGAAUGCGAAUGCCAGAAGCUGACAGACCGUAAAAAAGUUUUGAUCGAUAGGAAGCAAAAAUUAAAGGACAAUGCGUUGCUUAAAAAAAGUUACAGUCUGGCGAAGAAAAAUUGGAAUACAGAGAAUUUUUCUUGGUCAACGAGUCUCAAAAGAUCCUUAAUCGAUGUUUUUAAAAUCGAUCGACUCAGGCCCUUGCAACUACAAACGAUGAAUGCUUUUCUAUCAAAUGAAGAUAUCAUUCUUGUAAUGCCAACGGGCGGAGGGAAAAGCUUGUGCUAUCAGUUGCCUGCUGUAAUAAGCAAAGGUAUUACGAUCGUAGUAUCUCCGUUGGUUGCUUUAAUGGAAGAUCAACUUUACGGCUUACACAGACUGAAAGUGAAUGCUAUGAUGUUGAAUUCAAAGGCUCCAAAGGAAGACGUUAAAACAAUAAUGAUGGGAUUAAUAGACAAUAAGUCUGAUUUACGAUUGGUAUACGUAACGCCAGAAUAUAUGGCCAAGUCGAAUCGCUUUAUGAGUAAGUUGCAAAAGGCUUUUGAAAUGAAAAGAUUAGAUCGCUUCGCCAUAGACGAGGUUCAUUGCUGCAGUCAAUGGGGUCACGAUUUCAGGCCCGACUACAAGUUCUUGGGGAUUUUGAAGACGAUGUUUCCUGGAAUCCCGAUUCUCGGCCUCACCGCAACAGCACCAGCAAAAAUCAUAGUCGACGUUCAAAAGAUGCUGGAUAUUCAAGGUUGUCUUGUGCUUCGAGCAUCAUUUAAUAGGCCAAAUCUGUUUUAUGAAGUGCGUCGUAAGCUGUCGGAUAAAGACAAAUGUACAGAAAUGAUCGUUAAUCUUUUGAAAAAUCGGUUUUCAGGAAAGUCGGGAAUCAUUUAUACAACAACGAUCAAAGAGUCCGAGCAAUUGAAGGCCGAUUUGAGGGGCCACGGAUUAAAAGUUGGCUGUUAUCACGCGAUGCUCGAAGCCGAGCACCGAACAAAAGUAUAUUCAAAGUGGAUAACCGGCGAAUAUCAAGCCGUCGUAGCGACAAUAGCAUUUGGCUUGGGCAUCGACAAACCGGAUGUGCGAUUCGUCAUUCACCACUGCAUUUCCAAAUCCAUGGAGAACUUUUAUCAAGAGAGCGGUAGAGCAGGACGCGACGGUAAAAAGUCGACCUGCAUACUCCUUUAUCGGCUCAUGGACGUUUUUAAGCUCAGUACGAUGGUAUUUCAAGACAAGGUGGGUCUACAAAAUCUCUAUAAAAUACUAGCCUAUUGCCUCGAUCGGACCUCGUGCAGGCGGAGCCUCAUUGCCACGCAUUUCGAGGAGACGUGGACGAAGAGUGACUGCAAGGAGAUGUGCGACCAUUGCUUAAAGUCUCAACAAAAAAAGGAGCUGGAUAUAGGGCCUUACUGCAGGCAUCUUUAUCAGAUAAUAGCCAAUGCCGCGCAGGGUGAGCAGAAAUUGACUCCGUUGAAAUUGAUCGAUGCCUGGUAUAAUAAGGGUGCGGCGGCACUGAGGGUAGCCGGCGUGCCCACACCUAAGUUUCCCCGGGAAAUUGGUGAAGCCAUUGUUGGGCAUCUUUUAAUCAAUGGCUACUUGCAAGAGGAUUUUCAUUUCUCAGCGUACUCCACGUUAACCUACGUGAAAAAGGGACCGAAGUCUGGAUUGGCUUUGGCUAACGAUCACAAAAUCAUCGUUGAAAUGAUGGAUCAUUAAGAAAGAUAAGACCUAACGACGAUGGGGCCUGUACAAUAAUUAAGAAGAUUAAGAAUCCCCUCGCUAGCCCUGUACAUAUAUAAUUGGCUCUCGUGUAAAUAUAUCUUAUAAAUGUAAAAUAUUAUACAUUAAA